AUUUUUGUAACAGAUGAACAGCUAAGGAUCAUGGGAGAAAAAUGGCGCUGUCCUUACUGAGAUGUUGUAAUUGUAACAGGCCUUUUACAGUUCUGGUUCGGUUCUUUACAUCAAGGUCAGUUUUAUUAAAUCAGUCCAGACGACUCACUCCCGUAGCGUCUGUUGUCUGUAAUGUCCGGCGGUACAGCUCCGAGCGGGACAGACACAAGAACCAGAAGGUGAUGGUUGUUGGCAUCCCGAACCCCUUCAUCUGGUUUCGAACGCGCAUAUACUUCUUUUUGAUCCGAACUUAUUUCGACAAAGAGUUUAACAUCGAGGACUUCACGGACGGAGCCAAACAAGCUUUCUCGUAUGUGUCAAGCCUGCUGUCUCAAUGUCACUUUGAGGCUCUUGAAGGAUUAGUUGCUAAAGAUCUAAUAGGGAAACUUCAAGAAAAAUGCGCUCAUUUGCCUUUGAGCCACCAGAGGGCGCUGUCUGCUGAGUCUGAUGAAAUCAUGUACACAACGACUGGAGAUGUGGGCAUUUACUAUGAUGAUAGUGGGAGGAAAUUUGUAAGUAUUUUGAUGCGCUUCUGGUACUUGACAAGUGCCAGACUUCCUGAUGACACAAUGGAAGGAGCACGAGUAUUUCAGGUUUCCAUUGGUGGGGAUGGAGAGAAACCAGAGACCAAAAGACUCCUCACAGCAAAUUAUGAAUUUCAGAGGGAGUUUACCCAAGGUGUGUCCCCAGACUGGAUUAUCACAAGAAUAGAGCACUCGAAGCUUCUUGACUAGGAGACAUUUUUGUAAUUUUUUAUUGCAUAACUUGCAAUUAAGAUUUAUGCAUAAUGUACAAACCUUCACUGGAAGAACACAAGAAUAUAACAUUGCAAUACUUUCAACUCCAGAUAAUCCCCUGACAAUUGAGAGUUGUUUAUUUCUUCAGUGUUUAAGACAUUUUUUAUGUUUAAGUUAUUGUUUUCUCCACAUUUUGAUCCUAGAAAACUUAAUUUAAACAUUGCAUAUUUAACAGACAACAUAACUGUUAAGUUUUGGGUCACAUUUGCUAAACUGUAUACAAAAAAUACAUGAUACAAUAAGCAUUUAAAAUACGGAAUUAGCAUUUAGUAUUUUGACCAUGGAAAUCUGUGUUAUUUUGAGAUGUUGAUUAAAUAUACACUAUAGUUAGGGAUUUUAACUGAGUCUCUCUUUUAUAAUGUACUCUAUAUAUUUAAAAGUACAGAAAUUAAACUUGGAUUCAAAUGUUU